CAUAGUCCUUUGCGCUCUUGGCUGGAAACAACAAUAGGGAGAAAGGGAGAAAAAAAAAGUAUCACAAAAAUGGCACUGGCCAGGAACAGUGUGUCUAGAAGGAGCUCUAAAAAUGAAUUAGAAAAGGAUGACGAGGACGGCGAAAACAAUGGAUACAUCCAAGUAUUUGUGAAACCUCUAGAACAAGGCAGCUGCAGCUAUUUAUUUAAAUGGUUGGGUGUAAACAAAGUCAAUUUCAGUUCACAGCAAGUUGGAGUGUGUUACGGUGGAACUACAUUAGUUGUCAGUGUGUUAUUUUAUCAGUUACUGCGUUGUGAUGUGGGGAUUUUAUUUCAGCGUUUAUGUUCGCUCGUUGUUCCAAUGUUUUGCAUUAUGUGUGCUUUCUAUUGGCUAUCAUUAUAUUUUCGACGUACAUGGAGCAAUACAAGUAUUUAUUUAUUAUUCUGUUCAUGCUACAUGGGCGAAUUUUUUGCUCAAAUCUUUUUUCGUGACUGGGGUGAAAAAAUUGAGGAAAACAACAGCUCAACAACUGUAUUAUCAAACUAUACAACACAACCUCUAGUCAUUGUCUGUGUUCUAUUAUUUAUAAGUGUAGCUAGUGUAUUUUCAAGUUUAGAGACCAGUCACAGUGCUGGUGUAAUAUUACUGGUGAGCUUUACAAGGUUUUUAGCCUGCUCAGCUUUACAGGAUAUUCCCAUUGGUCUAAGGCCCUUUGUAGCUUACUCAUGUGGAUUUGCUGGAAAUAUUGUUGCAAAAUAUAUGGAGGCUCUACUAAAGCCUCAAAUUCAAAACUAUACAACACAGGAUGGAAAAAUUCCAGUUAUCAAACGUAGGAGAUCUAGCUCAUCAAGUGCACAUGCAUUUGCUGCACACAGAUCAGCCCGGCGAACAUCUCUACCAGCAUUGAUUCAGAAAAGCCAGUCUUCAACAGCAGGCUAUGAAUCUGCUAUACUUGGUGAAGCUCAUGGUCUGAUUACAGAUAUGCUUGCUGAUAGUAGCCUUCCACCACACAUCAUCUCAGGACUAAAGGCAGUCAGUAAUCUAUUAAAACCUCCUGAUGCACAGAGCUCUUUCCACAAGCCCAGAGUCAGUCCCCUUGUGUCACUGACAGAAAGUACUACAUAUGGUUCUGAUAGUGAAGAAAGUCCCUACACUGGGGAGAGACCAUCCACACUUCCUAAGCGUCUUCGCCGUAGUCUACCACCAUCAUUAAUCAGAAGAAUGUCUACCAGCACCUGGACCACCACCACAUCAGCCACUGGCAUGCCAACUCUUGAACCAGAACCUUGUCGCAUGCGUUCAUCAUCUUUUCGACACUCUAGGGAAGGAACUCCUGGUUCAAGUCCAAAUGGAAGCCGGAGCAAUAGUCCAUCACCAGCUUCUGUUUCUAAUAGCACUACAAUUUUGACCAUACCAAAGUCUAGGUCAUUUUCACUUGCUUCUGCCCCAACAGUUCAGUCAUCAUAUUCAAGGCGCUUUCCUAGAAAAAGUGCCACUAGUGAGUCUUCAUUGCUAUCAUUUGGUUCAGCUCCCAGUAGGAUGGAAAGCAAGCAAAGUAUUAGCCCACUAGCACGUACAGGAGAAUCUAUAGAUGAAAGGGAGGCCAACACUGUCAAAGUUUUAUCCAGCGUCUCUAGCUCAGCUAUCAUCCAGAAAAGAAUCAUCACGUCUGAUUAUGAGAGCAGUGAUUCACCAAGCAGUAGUGAUCAUAGUGAUAAUGUCUAUACUUCAGAGGAUUUGGGAUGUCUUAACAAGAAGGAACUGUUGCGACAGUUACCUGGCACAGUGGCCAAAUUAAAAGAAAAAGCUCAACCAUUGGAUGAUGGAGAAGACGAUAAAGAACGUGAAGGGGAUGAUGAGGCAGAAGAUGAUGAUGAUAAAUUGAUGAUGGAAGAGCAAAAGGAUAAGUCGUCAAUUGAAAAAACAUCAGAAGAGAAUAUUUUAUUGACAUGUAUCAGUAAAGAACUGAAACUUUUAUUUGAUCCAGAGAAAGAGAUAGAAAAAAAUCCAUUGUUAAAUAUCAAUCAAUUGAAUCAGUGGGAUUUUCCUAUUUUCAAAGUAGCUGACUCUGAAGGAACAUAUCUACUCACUAAGAUUGCUUAUCGGCUGUUCACAGAAGUGGGUUUAAUGGAAACAUUUCGCAUCCCACUGGCAGAGUUCUUAAAUUAUUUUCAUGCAUUAGAGUUAGGAUACAGAGAGAAGCCAUAUCACAACCGUGUUCAUGCAACUGAUGUGCUGCAUGGUGUUUACUACUUAACAACACAACCCAUACCAGGAUUUGCUCAGAUCAACACUAGUGAUUUGGUCUCACGCAAUGGCUCUUCUAGUGAAUCAGAUAAUGAGAACUCAGAUCGCCCCUCCAUUAAACACAGGGCCAGUUUUAUGGCUGAGGAUUCCUAUGGUAUUAUGGGAGGUAACCUACCAGCACUAGAACUUAUGGCCCUCUACACUGCAGCAGCCAUGCAUGACUAUGACCAUCCUGGUAGAACUAAUGCAUUUCUUGUAGCUACCACUGCUCCUCAGGCUGUGCUCUAUAAUGACAGAUCAGUGCUAGAAAAUCACCAUGCUGCGGCUGCCUGGUCUCUCCUUCUCAACAACUCACAAAACUAUUUUAUCAGUGGUCUGGAAGCUGCAGAGUUUAAAAGAUUUCGUUAUCUGGUUAUUGAGGCCAUCCUUGCCACAGACUUGAAGAGACAUUUUGAAAUUUUGGCUGAAUUCAAUGCAAAGGUGAAUGAUGAAGACUCAGCUGGGCUAGAUUGGACGUCAGAAACAGAUAGACUCCUGGUGACGCAGAUGGUCAUUAAAUUAGCUGAUAUCAAUGGCCCUGCUAAACGUAAAGAUCUCCACCAGCAAUGGACUUUCAGGAUAGCAGAAGAGUUUUAUGAACAGGGAGAUGAGGAAGCCAGCCUUGGUUUGCCAAUAUCUCCAUAUAUGGAUAGAAGAAGUCCACAGUUGGCCAAACUUCAAGAAACUUUUAUAAAUCAUUUAGUAGCUCCUUUGUGCAAUGCUAUGGUUACGGGAGGUCUACUUCCUGGGACCUGGGCUGAGGAGGAUCCACAGGAAGCUGCUGCCAGAGAAAGUAUGGAACAGAUGUGUGGCACAGAUACACAAGAUGAAGAUAAUGAUACAGAUAAUGAAUCAGUUUAUUGUUCUCUGUAUUUAGGUGCUAAUGAAGAGAGGCAAGUAUUUAAACCAUUGAGAAAAGUGAAUUGCAUGUUGACAAAAAAUCUGAAAGAGAAUUAUGAGUUUUGGUUAGCAAUGAUCAAGAAAGAAGAAGAAGACCAGAAAAAAUCCACUGUUGAUUUAGAGACCCCAGCAGUGACUGGAGCUUCAGUUAAUAUGAAGGAGCCAGUCCUAGAGAAAAGUGAAAUGGAGCCCAUCAAAGAAGAGUCUGAGAGUCCUCCGCUGUCUGCUGUAGCGCCACCCACACCUCCUCAUCAACCCAAUGUAGUCAAAGCCAGUCAGAAUUCAGCCUUCCAGUCCACAUCUUCCUCCUCCUGAGUAUCUCCACAGAAUUUCAACAUUUGCUUAUUCUGUGACAAGUCUGCUCUAGUGAUGGGUUUGUAGGGGAAGCUGCACUAGUAUUGACAAGAACCUCUCUUGUGUGUGAUUUUAGUUCAGUUUUAACCUUUUACUAAGUAACAAUUAUUAAUACCAUAGAAAGUAAUGACAUGAUUGAAUAGAUUGUGAUAGCAAGUGAAACUAACUUUAGCGAUGAAACCUACUCAGUUAUUUACUACUUUAAUAACUGGUACAUGCUCUUGUGUAUCAUGACAAUGUACUGAUCCAUAGUGAGAGAGAGGUAACAGACUUGUUUCUUCUUCUACUGCUAGGACUAGCCAGUACAAAAUGUAGACAUCUGUAUCUAGUGUUUUAUAUUACUGAAAUACUAAUGUUUUCAACUAAUUGCUUCAGGACAAAAUCAAAGUCACAUUUAUGAAAGCAUGAUAAAGAUUUAUUGCCACAAAACCAGAAAACAAACAACUAUUAACUCUCAAAGAAACUUUGUGUGACCUGGGAGAAGGGGUAGUUCAGAAUUUUGGUGACUUGUGUCAUGGAGCACUGAACUAGGGACAAAAAUCAGCAUUUUUUAUUAACAAACACACAUUUUUUUUUGGUGCUGAUAGUAUUGAUUCACAAAUCGGACAUAUUUUUUUAUUUACAGAUUUGAUGUAUAAUGUACAGAAACUAUUCCUGAGCUUUCAAGGGCAAUGCUCUUAUGUUAGUGACUAGUGUUUACAUGGUGUAAAUAUUCCUUUGAUUAUGAGCACUUUUUUUUUAAGAUGUACCUUUCUGUAGAAGUUAGCCUAUUGAAAAUUUCAUGGAUAACAACUGGCAAACUAUUUCUUUGCAAAAUUAAGGACUUUUUUUUUUUAAAGCAGUAAUUAAAAAAAAUAAAAUUGAUGUAAAAUCAAUAAAAUAAAUAUAAUUAACACAUUUACACAAAUGCUGUUCUAUCAUUUGGAAGUAACAAAAAAUAACUAUCAAGAAGACCCAAAUAAAAAUGAUUUAUUGACAUUUUUUAAAAUCAUUAUUGAAAAUUAAAGUAAAGUUUAAAGAGACAUGGCUAGUGUCUACCUGGCUUGUUGUCAGCGAGGUUAUCAUUGAAAUAGUUACUGUCACCAGUGUGGCUCAUUGGGUGAUGAUGGCUGAGUGAAACUUCUCAGAGAGGACAAGUUGUAUCAAGUAAACAUGAAGAAGUUUUAUAUGUAAAUCUUGGCAUUUUAAGUUAUUGUGUGAAAGGUUGGAUUAACUCUUCAUUACUUGUUGGUGUAUGCAACACCUUCAUUUUAUAAUUAGCUGUUUGUUUUGUAGAAUCAUAGUGCUUAUCAAAUUGUUUUAAACUAUUUGGUAGUUAGACUUAUUUCUAAUGGUUCAGUUAUGCAUCAGGGAAUAAUUGUGUAAUGGAAGAGAGAUGUUUGCAUGUGUCUGCAAAUGAGAGGUGAAUACAUAGGUUCUUUCUCCAAAAAACAAAACAACUGCUAAAGCUACUGAGGACAAAUACAGCAUAAUCCAGAUGAGAAGAUACAGGCAGCAGUUCAUGCUGUUAGUCUUGAAAAGUGGAAUGAACUAGUGGGUGCAAGUCUACUAGAACAUUGGUCCAAAUAUGUUGUUUUAAAUACCCACAUAAUAUUUGCUAAUACUUUUUUAUAUCAACAUUUUAUUUUUAACAUGAACAAACCAUUUUGCUAAAUCUUUGUUUUAUGUUAGUGAAGUAAUUGUUUUGAUUUGAAAUAUUUAAAAGACAUAAUAAUUUUUAAUUAAUUAAGCCAUUUUACUAUCACUAGAUUUAUAAAUUUUAUUGAGAUAUUUAUUUAUUUAUUUUUAAUUGCUUUAGUUUGCUUCAGGUUAAUUUUAAGUUGUAGACAACACUUGACAUUAAAGAUGACAUCAGAUAACCUGUUGAGAUCUGCUUGGCAUAAGUGUUAUAACUAUUUCAUUAGGAAAAAACUUUUAUGUCUUUUAUAAGCUUCUUUUUAACCGUACACAUCUAUUUUAAUUUGUCUAUGACCCUUGUUUCUCAAGAUUCAGUUCUUUGAGUUAGUGCUAAGCAUUUAAAUUUCUUGAAACAUAUUGUCUUUUAUCUGAGUCUCUAAUCACUGUUUCCAUCUAGACAAGAUGACCACCUAUUCAACUCUGCAUUUCUGCUUAUCAAUUGAUUGAAACAUAUUGUCUUUUCUCUGAGUCUCUAAUCACUGUUUCCAUCUAGACAAGAUGACCACCUAUUCAACUCUGCAUUUCUGCUUAUCAAUUGAUUGAAACAUAUUGUCUUUUAUCUGAGUCUCUAAUCACCGUUUCCAUCUAGACAAGAUGACCACCUAUUCAACUCUGCAUUUCUGCUUAUCAAUUGAUUGAAACAUAUUGUCUUUUCUCUGAGUCUCUAAUCACUGUUUCCAUCUAGACAAGAUGACCACCUAUUCAACUCUGCAUUUCUGCUUAUCAAUUGAUUGAAAGGCCUAAACAUUUGUAAGCUAUUGUAAAUGUUAAAAUGAAACUAAUGAAAAGUAAAAGAUUUGUGUGUGUGUAUUUUUAAGUGAACUGACUUUGGGACCCACCUUACACUACUGGCUGAUGUGUAUACAUUAGUUUACAGUUGAGGGAGAUCAAUGUACAACAAAAGGUUUUGUGAGAAGUUAGGAGUCAACCAAAUCUUUUGUCUACAUUUGUGUAUUUCCUUCAAACAUCAUUGGACUGCUAAAUGUGGAGGCACUUUUGAAUAGAACAAAUCCCAUCUCAUUGUGUAAAUAUGUAAAAAAGAAUAAUUUUUGUUGUUACAUCUCAAUAUUUAAGUAAUAAAACAUUGAAAAUCCUGUUCACACCAGAAUAGGCCAGUUUGUGCCAGACCUUAUUGGUUGUAUACAAGAUUAUUUAUACAAUUGAAUGAGCAUCUUGAACUAGUUGCUAGCUGAUUAUGACUAGUUUGAAGGUAAUGUUUCAAAACAAAUCCAUUUCUUUUCAUCAGUUCUAUUCAUAGAAUCUGUUAGCUAGUAGCACUGUUCUCUAAAGGUUAUAUCCCAAUAGUAGAACAUUUAGCUCAUUGAGUUGAUGAGAAAUAGUGUGAUAUUUGUGUACUACUUACACACACUAUUUACCCACCAUCAUAAUAGAUCAAGUUGAACAAAACAAUUCUUCUUCAAUUCUCAUUUCCAAUGUUAUUCUUCAUUUGUCAGUUUGUACAUGUUUUAAUGGGGAUUUUUCAAACAAGGAGCAUUGGGAUGUUAUGAUUCUAUUAACUGAUAAAUUUAACAUGAAUUCAUGUGCACACACAUUACAAUGUAAGAUUUUUUUUAACAAAUAUGAAACCAGUUGAAUGAUGUCUAAUUUUUUUUAUGAACAACUUUUGUCAACUACCAAUCCACUUUGUUAAGUAUUAGAUGGACAAAUAAAGCUACCAUGUUUAAUGAAUAAAUAUAUAAUAGAAGACAUAAUAGACAUAAUAUAUCCUUUGUUUUAAAUACUGGCAUAUUAUCAUUUGUAUUUAUUGACUAUUGACUUUUGUUUUGGUCCAAAUAGGGUACUUGUGUCCUUAUUUUUAUCAUUUGUUUUCAUUUUUUUGUGAUAUUUUUAUUGAGUGAUCUGGGAUUGUGAUAGCAACCAUGUAUGUAAUAUGUACAUAUGUCAUGGAUUUGUACAUAUUCACAAGAUGUCCUAACCUCAUGUCACUUGUUCAUAGCCAGUUUGAUUUUGUUCCUGAUGUUUUGUGUUCUAGCUAGAUAGCUAAGUUACACUUUGAGCUGUGUUUUUGUGUAUCUGGACAUUGUAAAGCUCUUGACUGUCUCUUUUAUCUCUUCUUCACCAUUGUAGUUGAACCUUUUGUUUGAGCAGUGUUUGAUUUUCUCUGUUUUAUUGAUAUUAUUUUGUGUUGAGAAGGUGAAGGCCGUCCAUAGCUGGAGUACAAUCUGGGGCUGCUUUGAAACAUUUUGUUUUUAAAUAUAUAUUUCAUUGUUACUUUCUAGUUGAGUUUUGUUUUCAAGCUAUUUGGUUGGUGAUAUUCUUUAGUUUACAUUUUAUUGUAAGCAUAACAUACAUGUAUCAGUUGUCAAUUGGGCCAAUUAAGGUCCUGUGAAUAUCUGCAUAAUUUGAUCUAAAAUGUAGUGAAAAAUGUUUUUUGUUUUUAAUCUUUUCAACAAACAGCUCAAGUUUCCAACUGCUAGAACUUCACCUUGAUUUGAGUUUCUUGAAUCACCUUAAACUGUAGUUGCUAGAACAUCUUUCUAAUUAUCCUUAUGAGAGUAGGCUGUACAAGACUAUUUCUAUAACUAUUUCUUGUCAUUUGUUAGACAGUAAUAAUAAUAGACUAUGUUUUUAGAUGCUUUCAAUAAUUCUUUAAUAUUUCACUUGCAUCUAAUUGGCUAACAGUGUUGACUGCAGUUACAUUGUAUGAACUGAAUAUGAUUCUCCAAUGACCGCAUACAAAUUGAAACACUAUAAAUUAAUAUUAAUUAAUUUAUUUUGUUGUGGUUCAAUUAGUAAAAUAGUCUCUAUAAAAAGUCAAAGUUAUAUGAUUGAAGAAAUACUGUUACCUAGACAAACAAACAAUAAAAAGUCAAAGUUGUACCAUUUAAAAAAUACUGAUACAUACCCAGACAAACAAUAAAAAGUCAAGUUAUAGGAUUGAAGAAAUACUGUUAGCUAGACAAACAUUAAAAAGUAAAAAUAAUGAAUACUGUUAGCUAGACAAACAUUAAAAAGUAAAAAUAAUGAAUACUGUUAGCUAGACAAACAUUAAAAAGUAAAAAUAAUGAGCAGUUUGUAAAGAUUAGCUGAACCAAACUAAAAAAAAAUAAUUUUUAGAAUAAAAUAUAUUGCAUAGUGAAUUAAUAAAGACUGAUUUAACUGGAAAAUCUAUGACAAAUUUCUUUAUUUAUAGUGAGACUUGAUUAAUUUUUUUUUUUUCGAAUGCCUGAAGUAAAAACAAUGAAUGAAGUUCAGUCCAACGCCUAGCACAUUGUCAGAUGUUGAAUAUAAACUUUGCUGUUCUCAUAAAUCUGUCUUGCCAACUGUUUAGUUCAUAGUUGACAAUCGCUUUAAUGAUCUGCUUGCCAAAUACUUUGUAAUGAGUCACUGACAUCCAAAAGUUGAAUUAGCUAUUCUGUGCAUCUUGAUAGAAUAAUUUUACUGUUUAAAAGUUAUCUCUUUAUUGAUUUCAGUGGUGCUACUGCAAGGUUCCUUGUAGGAACUGAAAUGAAUGUGCUUACAGAAAAUGAACUAUUUCAUACUGAGAUAUUGGUGUUUCAUGUUCAUUGAAUUCUAUUCUGUUAGGAGGAGUUCUGAUUUUGGCUUACUUUUCUAUAUAUCUUAAGGAAACAUUGAAUGAAAACUUUGAGUUCUAUCCAUAAACUUGAGAACUAAAUGCUGGCUUAAAUCUGUCUAAAACCUGUGUUUUUAGAUUUGUGCGCAGGUUUGAACCAAUGACCAUCUAUGAUUGAGAUCUCUGCCUGAUCUUUAUUUGAAAUUAAUAGUAAGACACCAUAUAAAAAUAUUUUUUUUAGUUUCUUGAAUUUUUUUUAGGCAACAAAAGAUUCUGUUACAAUUUAGUUGAAAAGCUUAUCAAAAUUAAGUUGAAUUCUUAAUAGACUUUUACAUCAUCUGCCCUAUUGAUCACAAGGUCUGAAGAGGGUACUUUUUACUAUUACUUGAUAGACAAAUAAAGGAACAUACUUAUUAUCUGCUGACAUUGAUUGCUCUUGGACAUUGUAGAGCUCAGCUCAAACAAUCAUUGGUAACAAACUUGAUGGUUAGGUUGAUUCAUAUAUUGCUGAAAUUAAAUAGAACUCAUUUUCAAUUGCUAAAAUCUGACAGUAAGUGUCCGAAAAAAGAUUUCUUCCUGAUAUUAGCCGAUAAAUACCUCGUUGUAGUGGUAUGCAUUACUGAAGCUUCCAUGGAUUUGUGCAGAUUGAAUAUUUAGAUACUCAUGUUUUAGUUCCCUGACUGCUGCUUUUUAAGGCCAGUACUUGAGUGUUUGAUUUCUUGUUAGAUUGAUACCAAGUUCAUGCUCCUCAGAUCUUGAAAUAAUUAUCUGGAGUUUUGAUUUUUGAGCAUUGAACAAGAUAGACUUUAUAACUUGCGGGUGUGUUUCUGUUUCAGGAUCAUUGUAUAAACCAUUUGGUUUCAUUCAGUUAGUUGGGAUCACUUGUCUCAUCAUCUGCAACCAUCAUUUCCAUAGAGUAGAGACUUUUGCAUUAGAUCCAAUAUUGUCUAGACUAAGAGUCUUGUGAGAAUGAAGGAAUUCCAGCAGAACUACAAGAAAAAAGUUUGAAGUAGGUCUAAAUGUUUCUCUUGUGAGUGUUGACAUUGUUUGUCUUCUUAUACACUGCCAUUCUCAUGCCCCACUCUUCACUCUCACUUGGUGGUAUAAACAACUUUGUUGUCUCCUAGACUGAAGGGUGUACAUUUUGUGUGUCCAUGUCAGACAUUUCAAUUGUUUCACAUGAGCAUUCUGAGCAGUGAAGCUUCAUUUCUUUGGGGCAACAUUUUCCUAUCAGUCAAAUGGUUAAUGGGAGUGUCAAUAUACUGUAGAGUAAAUAACUGUCUUUACUAUCCUCAAACAAAUGUUGGGGACUUAUUUAAUUGGGUGGGCAUGGGAUGUGCUAAAAAUAAAAGUCCCAGGUUUCCUAUAAAUCUGAACACCUGAGCCCCAUAAUCUCCACAUGGUUUCUUGUUUGCUGAUGACAAUCAAACUACCAUUUCUAGAAUUCUUUAGUUUGUUAACUUUGUAUAGUUUCAUUAGCCAUGGCAUUCCUAAUAUCUAUACAAGAGCUAGUUAUUGGAAUGCUAGGCACAUUUUUUAGGUCUAAUUUCCAAAGGUUCUAGUUAGUUGCUCUCUAUUGAAAUGAUUCUUUAUGAAGACACAAACAUUGAAGUAUUUGACUGAAAGCAGACUCUUGGAUUGCAGCAACAUUUUGUGGUUUGUUCAUUAUGAUUGUAUUGUUUCAAAUUCUAUUUAUUCAAAGUAGAUGUGUAUAUGUAUGUAUUGUACAUAGUGUAUUCUAGCUAAAGAGGACAUAUUCUAUGCUCAGUUUAUUUCUUAUGUGUACUCAAUAUUCUAUUGUAAAAUAUAAACAUUGUUUUCUGUCCUAUUUGAACAAAUGUUGUUUCAACUGAUGAAUGUUUGAAGGUAAGAGAGAGAUAAAGAGAGAUUACUUCUGGCUUACAGUAGUUUGGUUUUUUACAACUCCUCUUAUUAGCUAUAUGGGUGGAACCUAAAACUUGCCUGGACAAGGAUCUCAAAAAUGGCUCUAAUGCUUCUCCUAGAAAUUUGACAGUUUAUGUUCAUCUUUGAAAAAAAAACAAUUCCUAGCUAAUUGGCCACACAGGGAAAACUCUGGCUUGACCAUUAUAAUUUUUUCAAAAUAUAAUCCUCUUAGAAUUAAAGUUGGUCUUGAGAUCUAUAUCUUGCACAGGUCAGUGGAGAUUCCCUCUCAUAUUCACACAAGAGUUUGAAGAAAGAAAUAGACUUCUGAAACAUUUUGUGUGCUGUCUUGUGUAGAAUUCAGUCUAGAGUACUGUCUUUUUAUGUUUGUAAUAUGGAUGUAUAGCACCAAACUAUAAUAUUCAAUUUCACAUCUCUAACUAGAUCCAGUAUUCUAAUCUAGAUUACUUUCUUUUAUGUUCACCAUGUCUGGAUCUAGAGCACUAGACUAGAACUUUAUAUAGUCUGAGGAUUUCUUUUGUGAAAGGGGGCGGUUAAAAAACAAUUUAACAUUUUUUUCAAUCUCUGAUUCAUUAGUUUUUAAGAACAAAGUAAUUGCUCUUACAAAAAGUCGUCAGCAUCAUAAAGGAGGAAUUGUCUUUUCAAAAAACUUUUUAUGUUACUUGUUUUAUUAGAACUAUUUUGUUUUUAAUCUAAACAUUAAUUUGUUUAUAAAUUGUAUGAAGCAUAAAAAAAAUGUACAUCUAAACUAUGUGUUAGUAGUUUCAAAUGUUUGUCUUACAUCUCCAUUCCAUAGUUCUUCUCAUUGUAUAGUUAUCAAUCAUUUUACUAUGAUAUUAAACACAAAGCACAAAUUGAAUGAUUUCUUAGGCCUCAAGUUGAAUGAGUUCAAACUAAAAAUUUUGAAAAGUUCAUUUAGCAUUUUAUAAAUAUUUUUUUUGUGUUUAAAUAGCCUCAAUUUAAAACUAGAGAAAGUUAUUAAGUUGUUUCAAAAACAUGAUUAUAUAAUUUAUUUUUAAACAAUCUUAAUUUUAAAACUGCAUUGUCCAUGUGUAAUGUAAAAAAUGAUAAUGGUCCCCUCCAUUUGAUAAGAUGCCUGAAUAAAAUGAGUGAAGAUUAGUAUAGCUUCAUCAAAUAGGUUUUUUGUUGUGAAUGUAGGUGUUAAACCAAGUUUUCUGUACUAUUGAUACAUGCUUCAUGCUUACUUAUGUACACAUCUCUUGAUUCUUAGUCUAACAUAGCAUUCUGUUGGACUUUACCCACUGUUGUUGUCUCCCCUUGUAUAUACUAUAAGACUUUUGCUGGAUUACUUGCCCAUGUAUCCAGUAUUUCGAUUUCACUUGUUCAGUGUUGUAAGUCUACUAGGAAAUUAUUUUUUGGUUUAAUUUUAAACUUGAAAGUAGUUUCUUUUCAUUUUUUUCAAUAUUAACACAAAAGUAUUACAAUUAUCUACAAUUGAACAACUCAAAUGUUUCUAUAAUAUUUCUUGGUAGAAUAUUUUUUUCAUUUGUCUUGUUGUUUUCUUGGUGACCCAUUUCAUGCUUAAGUAAUCUCUGUGCUUGAUUUGACUUUUGUUUCAGUUGAAUAUCUAAUUGUCUUUUGUGAAGGUCUCAUCUCAAUUGAGUGUUGUGUCCCUUGAAUUGUUUUGACAUUUCCCAUUUUAACCAACCAACCACAAUGUUUCAUUCAAAUCCCUAAUGGUGAUUAAAAUUAUUUUCAAAUCAGA